AUGUCAUUCUACUUGUUCGUUUAUGGCACUCUGAAGAGGGACGAACCAGAACACCAUUAUCUUGAAUAUGAGACAAAUGGAACCUCCAAAUUUGUGUCUACAGCUCAGACUGUGAAGCGUUAUCCGCUUAUUAUAGAUACUCAGUACAACAUUCCCUUCCUUAUUCAUCGAGAAGGUAUGGGACACAGAAUUUUGGGAGAAAUUUACGAAGUAGAUGAGCGCAUGAUGAAAACUAUAGACGAGCUGAAAAGUCAUCCAAAUUUAUAUUGUAGAUUACAAGACAGUGUUCGUAUUUUCGUUGAAGAUGAAGAAGAUGUAAAGAAUAUUCCUGUGAUGAAAUGCUGGAUGUAUUUCAUAACUGAUCUAAAGAGAGAUAAAUGCUUGGCAACUAUAUUCGUUUUAUACGUCUUCUCGACUUGUGAUGACAAUUUUUGGUUUCAAGAUUUGAGAGGAAAUUUAUACGUUGAUGCAUUUCAAUGCCUAUACAGAUUAGAACCCUUUGGCUUCGUAUAA